CCACUCCCCCAUGAAUUUAUUAGUAGUACAUGAAUGUAUGCCUCAAUUUGGAAGUACGAAGUCCAAAUAUACAAGCGUAAGCAGUACAUAGUACUUUUUUUGGACUUGUAGUACGCUUCUCCGGUGAGAAACUAACCUGAAAUAAACAAUAAAAGAGAAAGGGGAAUUGAAGCUUGUUGUUUAUCUGCAAAAGUUCUUGGAAUCAAUGGGGACUGUUAAUAUUAGCAGCAGAGCGUUGAGAUUUCCCCAAGAACUGCAACACCCAGAGAUGCCCAUCAGUUUCAAAGCUCGGAUUUUCCCACACAGUGCAAAAAUCCAUGGCGUCUAUAACAAAAAGGGCAAAGCUUUCUCCUUUUCUCUUUCUUGUGCCCUUAAGACAGCAAAAGGGAAGAAGGGUGGCAAGAAAAAGGUUUUGGCGCCGGAUUCCGACAGAGCGCCGGCGGUUUUUGAGGGAAAAACGUUCUUGAACGGUCAAGCGCCGGCGCGGCGGCGGCCGGAUGUCCGCCGGAGUAAUGAUGGUGGGGUGGGGUUGUUUGGGGCGUUUCCGAAAAGGGUCUUUGCUGGGCUGUCGAAUCUGUUUUCUGUUGCUGGGUUGAUGGCUUUGGGAACUAUUAUUGAUCAAGGCGAGGUCCCGGGAUUCGAUAUUCAGAAAUUCCAGAUGUUUUCAUCUCCCAUUUUCUUGGGAACACUGGCUCUCUUGGGAGCAUCAUUGAUGAACUGCCCUGAUCAAUCAGAGACUCCACUUAUGAAGGUAGCUAGAAGAUGGUCAUUCUUGAACUCAAGGGAGCCAGUUAGUGAGCAGGAAUCUGCUGAAACUCUGCCUAAAACAUCUGUUGAGGAUUUGGGAAUCACCUUGAUGGGAACUGGAUACGAGGUGUUUCUGAAAGGGCCUUUAUAUGCAUUUAAGGGGUUGGCAAGUCAAAUUGCUCCAGUUGUAGUAAAUCUAGCACUGAUAUUGGUGAUGAUGUCUGGAGGAACUCUCGGGGCCACUGUGGGCGAUGAACAUGAUCCAAUUGCAGGUUUGCCCACGCCUUCAGAUUACUAUCAAAGCGGGGAGGUUUCACAGUUGCGUGCUGAUCUUUCAUCACAUGACCUCAAAGGGAAGGAUCCUUUAAGGUGCAGUGGCAUCAGAAUAUACAAAACAGAUAGGCGUUUUCCACAGCCCUUAAAGACCAAUGGAGACAAGAUGCUAGUUGUUACACUCGUGCCUGUUGAGGAUUCCAAUUCUUCGUCGAAUGUCAAGGAAAUUGUGGAUGCUGGUUCGCCUAAAGCCAAUGGAAACGAGGACGACAGUUCUCCCGAUGUGAAGGGAGCUGAGGAGGCCGAUUUGCCCAAUGUCAAGAAAACCGAGGAUGAUGGUGAUUCACCUAAUGUCAAGGGAAUAUCAAUGGUAGCAACGGAUUCGCAUUCAGUGAUCAUCUACCAUAAAGAAGGGAAAGUUGUAGGAGUCAGACAGCACAACUCUCAGCUUCCCAUUGAGGCUGAUGGAACAGAAAUUGUUAUAGUAGACACAACCGGUACUGCUGGCCUUGAUCUCGAGACUGGUGAUCAAGGAGCGAAAAUUGUCUAUGCUGGUUUUGGGGCUGUAAUACUUAUGAACUGCAUCAACUACUUGUCAAAUGCAGAGGUGUGGGCUUUACAAGAUGGAACAACAGUGAUUGUUGGAGGAAAGACUAACCGUGCCAAGGGCGAAUUUCCUGAUGAAAUAAUCCGGUUGCUUGAUCAAGUCCCUGCAGAAAUCUUUGAAUCUUCUUCUUCUUCUUCUUCUUCCACAGAGUCUGAUGAUCUCUCAGGCUAGUUUAGACCAGCAGAUUAUCCAAAAGGGAUUAGAUAGAAUUAGAGGUAUAAUAUAAGCAAAAGGUAAGUGUAUAUAUAUAUAUAUAUGGUACACAGAUUGAAAGGAAGAAUUCAUGAACCACAUAUAAUACUUUGAUUAGUUUGUACACAUAGAUUGAUAGAUAUUCUGUUAUUUCAUUUAUUUGUAAUAUAUAGUGGUGCCCUACUGUCUUAAGAGCUUUCCAGCCUGCUGAUGAAUUCUGGGUUUUUCUUUUUGGUCCUUCAAUGGUUGUAUUAAUACAUUGGAUGAGGAGAAAACUUAUGU